AUUAUAUUUUGUGAAUAAAUUUAUCUCACCACUCACCACUCACCACACCCGAGGAAGGUCACUGAUGACAUUUCAAAAUCCACAAAAGAAAGAUGAUGAGAUCAGUGAACAGUGGCUGUUUUCUCUAAUUUUAAAUAUGGGAUUUUCACUGCUCUUUUUGUCUUGGAUUUGAGACCAGAGUUGAGGUUGAGAGAGGUGGCUGAGCAAAGUUCAAACCCACAUUUCUUCUCUGAAACUUUCAUCAGAUUCGCUACAUCAAGACUAUAUUUUCCUAAGGGAAGAACUUCACUUUUUUGGGCUCUGCAGAUGAAGCUUCUUCAGCUCUGAAAUUCUUGGGGAGAUUUGGGUGGGAAAAUGGGAUUUUUCCAGAAAAUGUGAAGAAGAAGAAACAGAGCUGAACUUUUCCUCUCUCUCAACACACUUUCCUUAUUUCCACCCUUUUCCUUGAGAAAUCCAUUUUCCCAGAAAGCUCCUGUUCUGAUGAAACUGGAUCAGAUUGACAAGUUGAAAGUCCUAAAAAAUGAGCUGCAAGAUGGAGGGCUCUCUCCUGCUGAUCCAAUCGACGUCUGUUCCAAGAGACUUCAAGACGAUUUGCAAACUCUGGGGAUGAAAAUCCAGCUGCACGAGGACAACAUAAGAUUCCUAAAGACUCUGAAAGACAAAUUGGUUGAUUCCAUCAUUGAUCUGCAAGUUGUCUUAGGAAAGUACCAUCUUUCGAGUACGCCUGGGAUUGAGAACAAGGAUGGUUCUGAUACUCAAAGUGAAGAUAAGGCAUCAGAUCAGAAAAAAAUAUUGGAGCAGGAAAACACUGCUGCUGGCAUCUUGUGCCAGCUGAGAACUAACCCAAAGAUGCUUGCUUCUGACCCCACACUGAUUGAUGAUGUUCUUGGUGUUGUUGCUGAAUUAGGAAAAGUAGAUGACAGCAGCCUUGGCAGCCUUUUAUCAGAGUACCUAGGAAAAGAGACCAUGUUGGCUAUUGUCUGCAAGACAUACAAUGGAGUCAAAUCUCUAGAAAAGUAUGACAAGGAAGGAAGCAUUAAUAAAACAUCUGGGCUCCAUGGGUUUGGCGCUUCAAUCGGGAGAACUUUAGAGGGUCGGUUCAAUGUCAUAUCUCUCGAAACAUUGCGACCAUAUUCUGGUGAAUUUGUGGCUGCUGAUCCACAAAGAAGGCUUGAUCUUCCAAAGCCAAGAUUUCCUAAUGGGGACUCUCCACCUGGUUUUCUUGGAUAUGCUGUUAAUAUGAUAAACAUAGACACAGCACAUUUGUAUUUUCUCACAGCCAGUGGAUAUGGUCUUAGAGAGACUCUGUUUUAUUCUCUAUUUUCUUGUCUGCAAAUCUACAAAACAAGGGCGGAAAUGCUACAAGCCGUUCCUUGUAUAACUGAUGGAGCACUCUCUUUAGAUGGCGGUAUUAUUAAGAGAAGCGGACUUUUUUAUCUUGGCAAUAGGGACGAUGUGAAGGUGAGCUUUUCAAAGUCCUCAACAAAUUCAAGCCUACCUGACCAUUACAUAGAAUCCGAGAGGCAGAUGAAAGAAAUGAAAUGGAGAAAGGAAAAAAUGCUUGAAGAUAUUACGAGAGAACAAGCAAUGCUAGAUAGCACGAGGCUCAAUUUCGAAAGAAAAAAGGCAGAUUUUGUCAAGUUUAUAGCUGAAACUGCCACUCGGCAACAAACUCCUGUUGCAAUGGGGAGAUCGACCGGUAGGUGAUGGCGUGAUGCAGUGCAGAGAAGGAUCAGCCAACCAUUGAGGGAUGACUAUAUGUUUUGGAAGUUUUGGGAUGCUCAUUUUCGUCGAUGUGUUGGGUUUUUGCAUGAUAUGUAUUAGUGUUGGGAAGUUGAUGAUUUUUAAGGGGUAAGGAAGGGAUGAACUGGAAGAAAUUUGCAGUGCCAAUUUUGCCUUGUGAAAUAGAUUCUGCUUCUGCAAGACCAUGUCUAUACCAAGCUUUCCUUUGACAGUUAUUUGGUGGUGCACUUCUUUCAUGUUUCAUCAUCA